UAUAUUAAUGUGAGUUAACAGGGAUUCACAAAUGUAUUGAUUUGUAUGGAAAGCAUUGUUCACAUGUCGUGACAAACAUUCAAAACAAAUGUAAACAUAAAGUAAUGUUAUUUAACACGAGUUAAGACAUGUUAUGAUAAUAUUGAUCACCAAAUGGCAUAUCUAUUGACACAAAUGAUGAAUAUUACUACAAAAGUAAACAAUUGUCUCAUUUAUAAGUCAUUGACAAGACAUACAAAAUGUCAAAUAAGAUGUUUAACGGGUUUGAAUGAAAAAAAGAGAUUUUACAAGAAUGUAACCAUCACUCAAAAUGAUAACAAAUUUGGUAUUAAUUUGGAUGGAAAGCAACUAAAGACACCAAUUGGUAAUGUCUUUUACACUCAUAGCCAUUGUUUGGCAUUAAUGAUAGCAAAUGAAUGGUUAUCACAGCAAAAGACAAUAAGACUGUCAUCAAUGCAUUUGACACAACUGUGUAACACUGCUAUCGAUAAUCCGACAAACGAUUUCAAUGAAACCAUUGCCCAAAAGAUAAUGGAUUUUAUCGAUUCUGACACUCUUUGCUUUCACGUUAAUCAACCAAAAGAGUUAUCUGAUUUACAGAAAAAAUCGUGGAAUCCAAUCAUUGAAUGGUUCCAAAAGACUUAUAAUUGUCAAAUACCUAUCACUCAAACUGUUUAUUUAAAUCCAAUCAGUGAGACGUCCAGAAACUUAAUUUAUCGACACUUGUGUUCAUAUAAUAUGUGGUCACUAAUAGGUCUUAAGUUUGCCACAGAAAAUCUAAAAUCAUUAAUACUAUCGCUAGCGUUGACCCAAAAGGUAAUAUCUGUCGAUAAAUGUGUUGAUUUGUCGCGUCUUGAGGAGGACUUCGAGAUUGAAAAAUGGGGUCGAAUUGAAUGGUCUCAUGACCUCGAGUUACAUGCAUUGAGGGCCAGAGUGUCAGCCGCUCUACUCUUUUAUUUAACUAAUUGUGAAACCGGACAGUUGUCACAAACAGGGCAUACUUAUGCCCGAAGUAUUGAAUACAAUAUUUAAGCGUUAAGUUAUUAGUUUAAUAUUUUCAAUAA